CAAAAGCCUGCUGUGGGUUGCCUCUGGACGGAGGCUCUCAUGCGCUGGUUCUGAGGGUGGGCAGCUGGCGGAGGGUCUCCUUGACACAGGCAAAACUUCAGGGUGCUGAUCCUGCAACACACAACUUGCUGGAAAACAAGGAGGAGGAGCCAGAAGAGAAGGCAGGGUAGUUCAAUCACCUCCUCCUCAGGAGCAGCUGGUCUUGUGGUCUCCCAGCUGCUGCCACAGGCAUGUCUGAGGAGCAGCAGGACAGCACUGCCCUCUUAACAGCCACGGAGGAGUCCUCUGAACACUCUCUCCUGAUGGUCCUGGGAAAGAUCUUCUUUGCUGCACUGCCCAUUGCUGGGAUCAUCAUUGGAGCAGUCUACCUCAGCCAGUGUCCCUGGCAGCCUCUCAUUCCAAUCUACCUGAUUGUCCUGAGUGCUGUUGUGCUUCUGCUGCUGCUCCUCAGUUGUGUGUCCUGCGGGGAUGGCAGAGGCCAGCCAAGCACCUUGAUCCAGGGUUUCCACGCUGCCUGUUUCCUCUUCCUCUGCAUUUGGUUUGUGGCAGGCAAUGUGUGGGUUUACUCCAUCUAUCCCCCAGACUAUGAGGCAACUGGCCAUCCCACCUUCUGCCAGCGCACCGUCUUCCUCUUUGCCUUCGGUGUCACUACCGCCAUCUACGUGGUCCUGGCUGUGGCGCUGCUGCUGGCCCUCUGCAUCCUUGCAGGCAUCUUCCUCUUUGAUGCUGUCCUGCCCUACGGUGGGCAUGGCUGUCGUGGGGGCCCAUAACAGCUGUUGGGGGGCUGUAUAUGCCCUAAUGUGUUGUUGGACCUUUGCUAUUAAAGCUGAUAUUGCUGAACAUAAUCCCCCCUUUUUUUGCCUCAGUGAGGAAGGGUGCCAAAGCAGCUGCAACAGUGUCCCUCACUGGAGCUAUGAAUGCUUCCGGGUGGGGGGGGGGAAUACAGCUUUGUUAGCUUAGCGUCCGUUCUGGAAAAACUGUUGGAAAGUAUUGGGAUUACCAAGCCUACAGAAGAACCAGCAUAUGGAAGAGAAGUCCUUUUGUGGAUCAGGAACUGGCUGGGAAACAGGAAGCAGAGAGUAGGAAUAAAUUCACAGUUCUCCCAAUGGAGGGAUGUAGAAAGUGGAGUCCUUCAAGGAUUGGUAUUGGGACCUCCUGUGCUUUUAACUUGUUCAUAAAUGACCUAGAAUUAGGGGUGAGCAGUGAGGUGGCCAAGUUUGCUGAUGAUAUCAAAUUGUUCAAGGUAGUUAAAUAGAAGUUUGCAAGGAGUGCCAAGAUCUCUCAAAUUGCAAAAACAAUUCAAUGUAAAGUGAUGUACAUUAGGGCAACCCCCCCCUUAAAUUCACAUAUACUUUCAUGGGGUCUGAACUGAGGGA